AUCAUUUUAUACGGAAUUUCAUUCAUGCCAUGAAACAUAAUUCAUACGGGUUGGUAAUUACUUAUUUCAAUUUUUUUUUUAUUUACCAAAUACUUCAUUAGGUAUGCAAACAUAAAACUAACAAUGGACUAAGGUUACAGACAAAAAUAACUAACGUCUAAAUAAAAAAAUAAAAAAAGUGUUUAUAAAAAUGUGGAAUCCAAAUUCGUUGGAAAAUAGACAAAUGGAGAAGAGAAUUGUGGUGGGAAGAGUCAGACCCACGUGGGCUCGGAACCUUCCAGAAGCAAGAGACGAUGAUGAAAAGAGCGAGGAAGUUGGCGUAAUGCCUCACAGUGACCCCCCAUCGCCCACAGAGACCUGGGAUCAGGCGAAACAGGAAGAGAAUUAUAAUGUAUUUGGAAAGGUGAUGCUACUCGGCGACAGCGGAGUCGGAAAGACGUGCAUGCUCGUUCGCUUCCGGGACGGAACUUUUCUCGCCGGCAAUUACAUUUCCACCGUUGGAAUCGAUUUCCGGAACAAGGUAGUGUCGGUGGACGGCAUCAAGGUAAAGCUUCAGAUAUGGGACACGGCGGGACAAGAGCGCUUUCGCAGCGUCACGCACGCUUAUUACAGAGAUGCACAUGCUCUUCUGCUUUUGUAUGACGUUACUAACAAGACAAGCUUCGAUAACAUCCGGGCAUGGCUUGGUGAGAUCCGGGAAUACGCACAAGACGACGUGGUCAUCAUGCUUCUAGGAAACAAGUCGGACAGCGGGCUAGAAAGGGCAGUACGGCGGGAGGAGGGGCAGCGGUUAGCGAGAGAGUACCAAGUCGCCUUUAUGGAGACUUCUGCGAAAACCGGCCUGAACGUUGAAGCCGCUUUUGCUCACGUUGCGCGCGCUUUGGUCGCGAAAGCGAAUCCCGUCGACCCCUCCAGGCUAGCGGUGCGCGCGCAACCGUCACAAGAGCAACGGUCCUCGUGUCCGCCAUGCUCGUAGAUUUCGCGCGCGUUUUUCGAAUUCCGAAAGCGGUUGUUCGUGGACCAAAUUUAACGGUCUUUAUGACGCGUGUUUAUAAAUGAAUCGGCUCAUAAUAGAAAUUCGUAUCAAUGAAACGCAUAAUUUGGUUAUUAUUGAUGCUAUUAAAAUGUAUAUUGCAUGUAUUAUGUACAAUGUUUUUACAAUAAGGCUGAAUAUUUUCAUUAGUUUCGAUAGUUUUUUUUUUUAUGACUGUACUGUAUCUAAUAUUAUUUAUUUCUCCUUAAUUUUUUCUGUAAA